UUUUCAACGCCUUCUUAAGAUACAAGAAGGGCGAUUUCGUCCUUCAAAAGUAUAAUAGAAGGGGGCUCUCUCUGUUCUCAACCUCGCGUUCCUUCAAAGCUUCUCUCUCUCAGGGUAUCCAUCGCCUAAGGAUUCCAACGAUGGGUGUCCCGGAAAAGGAUCCGAGAGAGGAAGUAGUUCAAGCAUGGUACAUGGAUGAUAGUGAUGAUGACCAGAGACUCCCCCAUCACAGGGAGCCAAAGGAGUUUGUAUCCCUAGAUCAACUUUCUGAACUUGGAGUACUCAGUUGGCGAUUGGAUGCUGAUAACUAUGAAACUGAUGAGGAGCUAAAGAAGAUUCGUGAAGACCGUGGUUAUUCCUACAUGGACUUCUGUGAAGUUUGUCCAGAAAAACUGCCUAAUUAUGAAGAGAAGAUCAAAAACUUUUUUGAGGAACAUCUUCACACCGAUGAGGAGAUCCGCUAUUGUGUGGCAGGAAGUGGAUAUUUUGAUGUCAGGGAUCAUAAUGACAAGUGGAUUCGUGUUUGGGUGAAGAAGGGGGGAAUGAUUGUUUUGCCUGCUGGAAUUUAUCACCGCUUUACUCUGGAUUCAGAGAACUACAUCAAGGCCAUGCGGCUAUUUGUUGGUGAUCCAAUCUGGACUCCAUUUAAUCGUCCUCAUGAUCAUCUGCCUGCAAGGAAGGAGUACGUUAAAGCUUUCGUGGAGAAGGAAGUUGGUGAUCAUGCUGUUGAUGCUGCAGCUUGAAAUCUUCAUUUACCUCUAAACUUGGACUUAAACAAAAACAUUUCGACUUAAAUAAAGAUUCCUAUGCUUGUAUGGUCUGGAAUGCAUGUGCGGUUUCCCUUGGCUUGUCUGUGUUUCUUACUAUCCUCGUGUAGACUGUAGAGUGCUCACAUACUCCGCAAACUCAGUAUCUUUACCUCUGUGCUGUAUAUGGAAUAUAGACGCCUUUUAGAUAUGGUAUAAGCGUAUAUACGUUCUUGGUUGUGUUA